AUGAGUGAAGACAAUCAAUUCAGAUCGACAUAUGCUUUCUGGCUCCCACCUGAGCUCUGGAUGCGAGUCGCAUAUUUUCUACCUCGGAUGCCCGAUCAACCCAGAUGGCAGCCGUGGGUCAAGUAUCGCGCGCUGAACAGGAUGUUCAAGAAAGAGAUUGAAGAUUACUACCUCAAGCACUGGAUCAAUGGUUCUGAAAUCUGGGUGAAACGCGAGGAACCUGUCCCGCCGGAUCCCCCUGACUUAUAUAGCCCGUAUCUGCAUGAGUGUUAUAGUUUCUCUGGCUUUCGUGAUUCUGAACAGCGCAUCGCUGUUUUCGAGGGUCAAAGAUUGAAAUGGACAGAUCCACGGGAACGUGAGCACUUAAUGCAAAUUGAGAAAAUGUUGAAACAAUUCGACGAGCCAGGAUACCAUCCUUACAUCACCUUUGAGAUUGAAAAAGGAGUGACCGAUUUACUUCCCAUCGACCUUCGUUUUGGGAACACCAUCACAAGUAGUUAUUUUACCUUUGACUGGCGAACUUAUCUCUCCACUCUGCUUGACGAGCAGCGCUGCCUCGAUGAGUAUGAAGCGAUCUUGCUCCAGUUGUUGUUUCAAUGCUCACCAGGACAGUACAAAUCCCAACUCCGACUGGCAUUAGAAUUGAGAUGGAUGAUCGACGACUUUGAGAUGUCGCAUAAGGAAGCAAUGCUACAUCUGGUGCAAGCAGCAGGAACCGAGCUUGUUGGCUGUGAUGGCCGACUACUCGAAAUCCGCAGGCGUCGACGGUACCACUUAGGACUCAAAAUUGGCAAAUUGCGGCCUCGACCUCCACUUCGCUCCUUCGAUUCAAUAGAUCCUUUUGUACCACAUGGCUACCCCUAUCCAAUGAAUGUUCUUGAGCGUCGCUUUACACAGCUCGAUGAGGACCACGUGGCAGAGACGCUACUGAACUUUGCAAUAAUAUCGGAUCAGGCGUGCGAUGCACAGAUAGAGUGGUAGCGGUCAAGCAGUCUAUGGGCAAAGGCGCUGUCUUGUCCGCUGGUCCCUCGAAGGACUUCUCAACGCAAGCUAAAACACUCCAGCCCGGCAUAGCUCUCAAAUCAGAAAGAGGGUUCACCAGGCUGACAGCCUGAGUCUUACAUAUUAAAGACGAUCGUCUCCAAGUCUCCCAAGGAACCGAAAGCUGGGAUCACCGGCAGCUCCACGAUCAAAACAAGUGUCCUUCGUCGAAUUGAGCCUCGAACUUUGCCCCUCUUCGUUGGUUUUUACCCGCGCCACGACUGCAGCAUAAAUCGAUGAAUGCUUUGCGGUCAAGCAUAGCGUGCAUCAUCGAACAACAUUUCAAAGUUCGAUCCAAUGAUCCUUUCAAUAUCAGCUGAUAUCGUCUCGCCUCUCUGGCCUG